UGGUAAGAAAACCCUGGUCAAAUAAUUCCUCCCAUAAAGCCCUAGAUAUAUAAACCCUCCAUUUUUUCCUUGUCUAUUUUCCGCCAUUCCACUCUAAAUCUACAGACUACAAUUCCGUAAACCACCAGCGAACAACCAACCAAAACCCGCCGUUCAGCCAUGGCAGAACAACUUCAGCUUCGAGGCACCAUGAGAGCCCACACUGACAUGGUAACAGCCAUCGCAACUCCCAUAGACAACAGCAACAUGAUUGUGACUGCCUCCAGGGACAAAUCCAUCAUCGUCUGGGAUCUUACAAAGGACGACAGGCUAUUUGGAGUUCCCAAACGUCGCCUUACCGGUCACUCUCACUUUGUCCAAGACGUUGUUCUUUCAUCGGAUGGUCAGUUUGCUUUAUCUGGAAGUUGGGAUGGUGAGUUGCGGCUUUGGGAUCUUGCGGCAGGAAUUACCGCUCGUCGAUUUGUCGGUCACACUAAGGAUGUUCUUAGUGUUGCAUUUUCUAUUGAUAAUCGUCAGAUUGUUUCUGCAUCUAGAGAUAAGACGAUUAAGCUCUGGAAUACCCUCGGUGAGUGCAAGUACACCAUCCAAGACACUGAUGGCCACACCGACUGGGUUAGCUGUGUGAGGUUUAGCCCUAACACAAUGCAGCCCACCAUUGUGUCAGCCUCUUGGGACAAUACUGUGAAAAUCUGGAACUUGAGUAACUGCAAGUUGAGGGCAACCUUGGCUGGUCACAAUGGCUAUGUGAAUACCGUAGCUGUUUCACCAGAUGGUUCAUUGUGUGCCAGUGGAGGCAAAGACGGUGUAAUUCUUUUGUGGGAUUUGGCCGAGGGCAAAAAGCUUUACUCUCUUGAUGCUGGUUCUAUCAUACAUGCUCUUUGUUUUAGUCCUAACAGGUACUGGCUCUGUGCUGCCACUGAGAGUGGUGUUAAGAUUUGGGAUUUGGAAAGCAAGAGCAUUGUCGAGGAUUUGAAGGUCGAUCUCAAGACAGAGGCUGAUCAUGCUGAGGGAGCUGUCACCAUGGCUUCAAAAUCAAAGGUGAUCUACUGCACGAGCUUGAGCUGGAGUGCCGAUGGCCAAACAUUGUUCAGUGGAUACACCGAUGGUGUGAUUAGAGUUUAUGGUGUUGCACGUUACUAGGCAGUAAUUUUAUUGUCACAUAAUCUUAAUAUUCUGAGGUUUGAAUCGACAUUUUUUCAGAUUUUGAUACAUGUUUAUGGCUUUAAAGGCUGUUUUUUUGGUGGCGGAUACUUGGUAGAGGUUGAUAUAGAUUUCUAUUUCUUA